ACCACAACGUGCGCACUCACACACACUCACACUCACACACUCACUCACACUCACCAUCGCGCUCAACCGUCGCAAGGAAGCUUUGAUAGGUAUUUUCAGGAGACCUUGCUCCACCGACACCCAUCCUCUGCUUCUCGUCCCCGCACCCGCACCCGCACCCGCGCCGGCGCCGCCAUCACCAUGGUGCACGCUCUGACGGCCGGCAGCAUUCCUGCGAUGGUGCAGACCAUGGACCCUGCCCAAGCCGUGCCCGAUCCCAUCUGCCAAGUCUUGAGCGUGAAAAAGAUUACCGCCACCAGCGCCACAGCGCAAGAUAGGUGGAGAAUCAUCCUUAGCGAUGGCCAACAUUUUGCGCAGGCCAUGCUGGCUUCCCAGAUGAAGCAUCUCGUCGAUGAUGGCUCGCUGCAGCGCAACUGCAUCGUGCGCGUCGAGCAGUACUCGGCCAGCAAUGUCCAGACGCGACGCAUCCUCAUCCUCUUGACGCUGUCCGUCAUCGAGGCACCGCCAGCCGAAGGUCGCUUGGGAGAGCCAGUCAGCUAUGAAGGCGCUACCACGGGAGGCGCAGUCGGUGCCCCUGCCUCUGCCGCUGCUUAUGCGGCACCUGCUGCGAAUGGCGGCGGCGGCGGCGGCUCGGCUGUCAAACGAGAGGCAAAGACGUACCCGCAGCAGCAACCUCAAGGCACCAUUCGAGCCGCACCGGCGAGGAGCGCACCGGCAUCCGGCAUGGCCAUCUACCCCAUCGAGGGUUUGUCGCCCUACCAGAACAAGUGGACCAUCAAGGCUCGCGUCACGUCCAAGUCGGAUAUCAAGCACUGGUCCAAUGCGCGCGGAGAUGGAAAGCUAUUUUCCGUAAAUCUCCUCGACGAGAGUGGAGAGAUCAAAGCUACCGGUUUCAACGACGCCGUCGACAAGUACUACCACGUGCUGCAGGACAACAAAGUGUACUUCAUCUCCAAGGCCAAGGUAAACAUCGCCAAGAAGCAGUUCAGCAACCUCAACAACGAGUACGAGAUUACGUUUGAGCGCGACACGGAAAUCGAAGAGUGCACGGCUCCAGAGGGCGUGCCAGAAGUCAAGUACAAUUUCGUGUCUUUUGAUCAAUUAGAAACGGUCGAGCCAAACGAGACGUGCGACAUCAUCGCUGUCGUCGACGACGUUGGCGUGCUCGGCGAAAUCAUAUCCAAGGCGAGCCAAAAGCCAGUGGCCAAGAGGGAGCUCAAAUUGGUAGAUCAGUCUGGCAGGUCGGUGCAGAUUACGCUCUGGGGCAAGACGGCCGAGACGUGGGGUACACCGCAAGGUCCCAAUGGUGGUCUGGGGUUGGGCAACGAGGAUAGGCCCAUCAUCGCUCUGAAGGGAGCCAAGGUGUCAGACUUUGGAGGUCGCAGUCUGAGCAUGUUUGCCAGCACCUCGCUCAUGGUCGAUCCAGACCUGCCCGAAGCGCAUGGUCUGCGUGGCUGGUACGAUGAGGAGGGCAAACGCACCUCCGAGCAAGGUGGAUUCAAGGCUUUUGCGAAUGGCCCAGCGGCAACGACGGCGGGCGGUGAUGCGGGUGCGAACGCGCAGGAGAGGAGAACGAUCGCAGAGGUCAAGGAUCAAGGAUUGGGCAUGCAAUCCGAAAAGCCAGACUAUUUCAACACGAGGGCGACGGUGGUGUACAUCAAACAGGACAAUUUGUUCUACACUGCCUGUCCCUCUGACAAUUGCAACAAGAAGGUCACGCAAGAGAGCGAUGGAUCUUGGAGGUGCGAAAAGUGCGACCGAGCUUAUCCCUCACCGCAGUACAGAUACAUUCUCGCGGCCAAUGUGCAAGACUAUUCGGGGCAGAUGUGGCUAAGCGGGUUCAAUGAUAUCGGAGAGCUCCUCAUUGGUCACACUGCCGACGAGCUCAAUGACAUCAAGGAGCAAAACGAAUCGGAGUUCCACUCGAUCUUGCAUCGCGCUUCCAAUAGGCAGUAUAUCUUCAAUUGCCGUGCCAAGCAAGACACGUUUAAUGACACGACUCGUGUGAGGUACACGGUCACGCGCGCAAAGGAACUUUCUAGUGCUGCAGACUUUAGCAAGUUUGGUCUCGAGCUGGCCAACGCCAUCAAGUCCUUGAUGUGAGGGGCCUAGUAUCGUUGUUGCAAAGAAAGAGGCGCGGGGGGAGAGGCGGCCCACGAGCUCGACUCGCUUCCUCAUCACAUGCCGCGAUUCGUCCCAUGACCCUCCCCGUCCAUUCUGCUCCUGUUGCGCGCUUUGAUUUGUGCGUGCUUCUUUGUAAUAUCGAAGCAAUCGCCUGCGCACAUGAUAAUGUGCGAGAGCAAUGAGUUGUGGUCAUGUUGUAACGUGACACGUAUAGCGAUGCUGACGCGGCACACUUGGAGCUCGACGGGAACG